AUGGCCACGUGGAUUGGUACAAGAUUUUGUGGCGUUGCACUUGCUCCUCUUUGUACGGCAAAUGGAUCUCGUAUGUUAAGCACUUUAUCGGUUUUUUCUCAAAGGAUCAAUUUCAAAAACGGUCAUUAUGCUGUAUUGCAUCAACAGCAACGUUGCGUACAUGCAACAAAUACAAUCAUUAAUUUCGUUCCUCAACAAGAGGCAUGGGUUGUAGAGCGCAUGGGAAAAUUUCAUAAAAUUCUAGAGCCUGGAUUUAAUUUAUUGAUACCAAUCAUUGAUCGUAUUAAAUACGUUCAAAGUUUGAAAGAAAUCGCAGUUGAAAUCCCUCAACAAGGUGCAAUAACCCUUGAUAAUGUUCAACUUCAGUUGGAUGGUGUAUUGUAUUUACGGGUUGUUAAUGCUUACAAGGCAUCAUAUGGUGUUGAUGAUCCAGAAUUUGCAAUAACACAGUUGGCGCAAACAACAAUGCGUUCUGAAGUGGGAAAAAUAAGUUUGGAUACAGUUUUCAAAGAGCGUGAGCAACUUAAUGUCUCGAUUGUUGAAGCAAUCAACAAAGCUGCAGAGCCUUGGGGAUUGCAGUGCAUGAGAUAUGAAAUUCGUGAUAUGACAAUGCCUGUAAAAAUUCAAGAAGCUAUGCAGAUGCAAGUAGAAGCGGAACGACGUAAACGUGCAGCGAUUCUGGAGUCUGAAGGACGUCGAGACGCGGCUAUUAAUGUUGCUGAAGGUGAAAAGAAGGCACGAAUAUUGGCUUCUGAAGCCUCAAUGCAGCAACAAAUCAAUGAGGCUCGAGGCGAGGCCGAAGCAAUAUUGAUGCGUUCAAAUGCUCGUGCAGUAGGUAUCAAAAAAGUAUCUGAAUCAGUGACGCUAAAGGGUGGCAAUGAUGCAGCUGCAUUGAGUGUCGCUGAACAGUAUGUGACUGCGUUUAGCAAUCUAGCAAAGGAAACCAACACUGUCAUUGUACCAUCAAAUGUAUCGGACGCUAGUUCAAUGAUAACCCAAGCUUUAUCGGUCUACAAGCACCUGACGAGUUCUUAUAAGGCUGAUCUGCACUCAUCAUCGUCACCAUCUCAACGAACAGCCACGAACCAGCCUUCUAAAUAA